AGCCUGGAUGUGGCCAACAACCGGCUGCAGGAGCUGCCCGCCGCGCUGGCCGACUGCCCCCGGCUGAAGGAGGCCAACUUCAGGGGCAACCAGCUGAAGGACAAGCGGCUGGAGAAGAUGGUCAACGGUUGCCAGACGAAGGCCAUCCUGGAGUACCUGCGGGCCGGGGGCCGCGGGAAGGGCAAGCCCGAGGGCACCCGAGAGGAGGCCAGGAAGAAGAAGAGGGAGAAGCAGCAGAAGAAGGAUGGUGGGGACGGGGAGCAGAACGAGCUGGAGGAGGCGAGCAAACUGCUGGUGAAGGUCCUGCAUGUCUCCGAAAAUGCGGCGCCCUUGGUGGUUAAAGCAAGCCCAGGUGUCCAAGAUGUUCGACCCUUCAUUGUGUGCUGCGUGCUGAAGGGAGUGAACUUACAGCCAGGAAACGCUCUGAAGAGGUUCCUGUCCACACAGACUAAACUGCAUGAGGACAUCUGUGAAAAGCGGACAGCAGCCACAAUUGCCACCCACGACUUGCAGUUGAUCAAGGGUCCCCUGACGUACGACGUUCAGCCUCCUGACGAACUGAAGAUAGUGCCCCUGGGUCGAAAGGAGAUCAAGGCAAAGGAUCUUCUCCGCCAGCUGCAAUUGGAAGCCGAGGAGCAGAGGAAACAGAAGAAGCGUCAGAAUGUUUCUGGAUUGCACAAGUAUCUCCAGUUGCUGGAUGGCAAAGAUAACUACCCAUGUCUUGUGGAUGCCGAAGGCAUCGUGAUUUCUUUCCCGCCAAUAACCAACAGUGAGAAAACAAAGAUUAGAAAAGACACCCGUGACCUGUUUCUGGAAGUGACAAGCGAUACCAGUUUACAGAUCUGCAAAGAUGUCAUGGACACACUAAUUCUGAAAAUUGCAGAACUGAACAGAUUUACCAUGGAAAAUAAGGAAGACUUGGGCUCAGAUAACGAAUCUGAUGCUCUUUGUGGGCCAGUGAAUUUGAACCCCGGCCAAAGCAUACAGCCGACGAAUUUUCCGUUGGUAGUGGAGCAGGUUCGAGUGGUGGACACAGACGGAAACUUGAAAGUACUUUAUCCCUCAAAAACCGACCUAACCACAGUUUCCUCUCUUCUGACCGUAAUACGUUAG